UGAUGUGUUGGCGUCACUGCAACACGGAGGGUAUCCAGGAAAGCGAAUUGAAUGACACUUCUGCAAUAAUUCUGACAUUAUGGCGACUUUUCGGUCUUUCAGAUACAGGAAAAUACCAUGGAACAUGCUGAUCUUGUUCCUGUUCACAUGCGGCCUUGUUUACUACUUCAUUGUUUACAGGCAUAACAGUUCGUGGAGCAAGCGAUCGGACUCAAACAGCGAAACUCUGACAUUCCGGCGCAACAGAUUCAUAACUUACAAAGAAAGUGAACGUUCUCGGAAAGGGCCGGGGGAAAACGGCGAGCCGGUUAACUUGGAAGGAGAUGAAAAGCAGAGAGGAGAGGAACUGUACAAAAAAGAGGCCUUUAAUAUUGUUGCCAGUGAUAAAAUAUCAUUGGAAAGAUCUCUACGCGAUAAUCGCGACCCAAAAUGUAAAGAGAUAGAGUAUCCUACUGAUUUACCUACAGCCAGCGUUAUCAUCAUAUUUCAUAAUGAGGCAUGGUCUCCGUUACUAAGGACAGCUCACAGCGUUGUUAACCGCUCUCCCCCAGAGUAUCUUCAUGAAGUUAUUCUAUUGGACGAUUUCAGUGACAGACCGGAAUUGGGAGAAAAACUACAUAAAUAUGUGCAGGAGACUUGGCCAGAUGGGAUUGUAAAAAUAAAGCGAACAAAGGGAAGGAGUGGAUUGAUACGUGCGCGAUUAGCCGGUGCUAAGGCUGCUACUGGAGAUGUUUUGAUUUUCCUUGACUCCCACUGUGAGGCUAACACUGGAUGGCUUGAACCUUUACUGGCAAGAAUCAAAGAAGAUCGCAGAGCGGUUCUUUGUCCAGAAAUCGAUCUGAUUGACUCGCACACAAUUGGUUACCAUGGUUCCGGGAGCUACUCGGUGGGUGGCUUUUGGUGGAGUUUGCACUUUUCAUGGCGUCCUAUCCCACAGCAAGAAAAAGACAGGAGAAAACACAGCACUGACCCAAUGCGGCUGGAACCAAUAUUAUUUCGUAUCCAAGAGAAUCCCAGUGCCAUCCUUUGUCCUAUACCAGACGCCAUCAACGCAAGCUCUCUGGAAUAUCCCUCAAACGGGAGCAUUGCUGUAGGGGGCUUCAGCUGGAGCUUGAACUUUACGUGGAUAACAGCACCCCCUAUUGGCAAUGACUUGAAUCAGCCUAAACAAAUAACUGAUCCCAUUAGAUCCCCAACAAUGGCAGGAGGGCUGUUUGCAGCCAGUCGUGUGUUUUUCUUUGAGAUUGGUGCGUAUGAUCCUGGGAUGGAUGUGUGGGGAGGAGAAAACCUGGAGAUUUCAUUCAGGACGUGGAUGUGUGGCGGGUCGCUCGAGUUCAUCCCAUGUUCACGAGUUGGCCAUAUUUUCCGCUCCAGUCAUCCCUACACAUUUCCUGGAAACAAAGACACUCAUGGGAUCAACUCUAUGAGGCUGGCUGAAGUCUGGAUGGAUGAGUACAAGAGGUUGUUCUAUAUGCACAGGCGGGAUUUACUGGGUCAAGACUUUGGAGAUAUUUCGGGUCGCCUGGAGUUGAGGAAGAGACUGAACUGUAAAAGCUUCAAAUGGUACCUGGACAAUGUCUACCCCGAGAAGUUUAUCCCUGAUGAAAACGUCCACGCCUGGGGAAUGCUUCGUAACCCGGCCAGCAAUCUGUGCCUCGACACUCUUCAGAAGGAUGAGAAGACAGUGUUUGACAUGGGCUUGUUCAGCUGCCAGAGCGGCGCCAGCGCUAAUCAGGUGCUGUCAUGGAGUUUAAACAAUGAGAUUCGCCGCGAGGAGAGUUGUCUGGAUGCUGCGGGUGGGGAUGGGAGCCGCGUCAAACUGAUGCCCUGUCAUGGGGCGGGUGGUAACCAGAAGUGGGAGCAUGACAAGAUUGAUGGCACCGUUAAGCAUGAGAAUGGCCUGUGUUUGGACCGAGCGGAUCAGAAAAGUGGGGGCUUUGUUUUACUCAAGACGUGUUCACCAAAUAGUCCCUCCCAGAAGUGGGCAUUUGAACAUUACCUUCGUAGAGUUUGAUGACUGAUCCAUUGAUCACGAGCAUUUAGGAACAAAAUCAGAGGCUGUAAAUCUUUCGAUGCAUUUUAAUACUGUAGGUGCUGAAUCAGUUUACUUGGAUGGGUUCAUUUUUAAUAAACAUGUACAUAGGUUUUUUAAAAAAAAAAGGAAGAAAAAAAAAAUACAUGAGGGGAAUGAUAUAGCAUAUAUAUGAGAUGUCAGCACCAAAAGGAUGAAUAAGAAGCAAUGGUGGCUUCUCAUGAUUAGUUGGCAUACUUAAUCCAUUAAUGUUUGAAACAUGCAUGCAUGAAAGCAUGAAAAUUGUCUAGAACAUGAAAGAAGUGACUCUGAAGCCAACCAGAGAUUAGGCUUCAGCCUGUCAGUUGUGAGAUUGUAGCUUGCUAGUGGUUUGCCAGUUGUGAGCCUGUAGCCUGCCAUCUGCGAGAAUGUACAGCACCUUGCCAGCAGUUUGCAAUUAGCAUGUCAGUGGUGAGGAUGAAGCCUGCCAUUAGUGAACCUGUAGGCUGCUAGUGCUUUGCCAGUGGUGAGCCUGUAGCCUGCAGAUGUGGAGCCUGUAGCCUGCCAGUGCAUUGCCACUGAUGAGGCUGUAGCAUACGAAUGGUUUGCCUGUGAGGCUGUAGCAUACCAAUGGUGUGCCUGUGAGACUGUAGCAUACCAGUGGUUUGCCAGCAGUGAGCCUGUAGCAUACCAAUGGUUUGCUUGUGAGGCUGUAGCAUACCAAUGGUUUGCCUGUAAGGCUGUAGCAUACCAAUGGUUUGCCAGUGUUGAGCCUGUAGCAUACCAGUGGUUUGCCAGUGUUGAGCCAGUAGCAUACCAGUGGUUUGCCAGUGGUAAGCCUAUUGUCUGCCAGUCAUAUUCUACCUGAAAGGUUAUUGGUUGAGUGUGCAAUAGGGCUGAGGAACCAAAUAUUUGCAUUCUUAAGACUUGAAAACAAAGUAUAGUAUGCAGGGGACCAGUAGUGUGAGUGUGCAGCAGAACUAGGAAACCAGGUAUCCAUCAGGCAUGGGGCAUAGUGUGCAACAUAAUUGUCUGAUUGGAACAUCAGGAUGGGGAAACCAGUUGUCCCGGUGGGUAUAUGUUAAGCAAUGUACUCAUGUAUCAUGUCAGCAGCAUGAGCAUAUGUGAAAGUUAACUUGUUAAGCAAACAGUCGUGUUUGUGAAAUGCUUACAUGUGCAUGUGCUGUCUUUGAUGUGGGGUACUCUGGGAUCAUCGGUUUUUAUGUGUUAGUAUCAGAUGUGUAAUGUACUUAAUUUUGAAAACCUUUGUAAACAGAAACAAUGCAGUCAGUUCUCUGGUGUUGGUUUGGCCUACAUGCUUGUGUAUAUGUGUACCACAGACAAGGUGUACUCUUGGUUUAGCCUACAUGCUUGUGUAUAUGUGUAGUACAGACAAGGUGUACUCUUGGUUUGACCUACAUGCUUGUGUAUAUGUGUGUGCUACAGACAAGGUGUACUCUUGGUUUGGCCUACAUGCUUGUGUAUAUGUGUGUACUACAGACAAGGUGUACUCUUGGUUUGGCCUAUAUGCUUGUGUAUAUGUGUGUACUGCAGACAAGGUGUACUCUUGAUUUGGCCUAUAUGCUUGUGUAUAUGUGUGUACUGCAGACAAGGUGUACUCUUGAUUUGGCCUAUAUGCUUGUGUAUAUGUGUGUACUACAGACAAGGUGUACUCUUGGUUUGGCCUACAUACUUGUGUAUAUGUGUACUACAGACAAGGUGUACUGACAUGCACAGCAUUAAGUGAAUAUGUAUGAAUGAAGUAUGUUGUGAAUUUUUAUUGACAGUGGUAAGUUGUUGUCAUUGUUUGUGCAGAAGGUCAGAAUAUUUGUAUAAUUUUAUUUUUCUAUUGUUCAUAUAUAUGUAUUGAAACCACUGUUACCAACAGUUUUAUGAUACAUUUUCUAUACACACAGUAUACCUGUUAUGUAUGAAUUUGCUCAUUGUUGAAAUUCUGAACAAGUGCCCUUUGCAGGUAACAUGUGAAAGGGAAUGAAACCUUGCUGUAUCAUAUUGUUUGCACAAUGUUUUGCCUGGAACAGCCAUAUGUAGAGGCCUAUAACCUGAUCCAACCAGUUCAGCCAUAUCUAGAGAUCUAUAACCUGAUCCAACCAGUUCAGCCAUAUCUAGAGGCCUAUAACCUGGUCCAACCAGUUCAGCCAUAUGUAGAGGCCUAUAACCUGAUCCAACCAGUCCAGCCAUAUGUAGAGGCCUAUAACCUGAUCCAUCCAGUUCAGCCAUAUGUAGAGACCUAUAACCUGAUCCAACCAGUUCAGCCAUAUGUAGAGGCCUAUAACCUGAUCCAACCAGUUCAGCCAUAUGUAGAGACCAAUAACCUGAUCCAACCAGUUCAGCCGUAUGUAGAGGCCUAUAACCUGAUCCAACCAGUUCAGCCAUAUGUAGAGGCCUAUAACCUGAUCCAUCCAGUUCAGCCAUAUGUAGAGGCCUAUAACCCGAUCCAUCCAGUUCAGCCAUAUCUAGAGACCUAUAACCUGAUCCAACCAGUUCAGCCAUAUGUAGAGGCCUAUAACCUGAUCCAACCAGUUCAGCCAUAUAUAGCCUAUAACCUGAUCCAUCCAGUUCAGCCAUAUCUAGAGACCUAUAACCUGAUCCAACCAGUUCAGCCAUAUGUAGAGGCCUAUAACCUGAUCCAACCAGUUCAGCCAUAUGUAGAGGCCUAUAACCUGAUCCAUCCAGUUCAGCCAUAUCUAGAGACCAAUAACCUGAUCCAACCAGUUCAGCCAUAUGUAGAGGCCUAUAACCUGAUCCAACCAGUUCAGCCGUAUGUAGAGGCCUAUAACCUGAUCCAUCCAGUUCAGCCAUAUGUAGAGACCUAUAACCUGAUCCAACCAGUUCAGCCAUAUGUAGAGGCCUAUAACCUGAUCCAACCAGUUCAGCCAUAUCUAGAGACCUAUAACCUGAUCCAACCAGUUCAUGAUUUGGAAUUUUGUGCAUUUUGUAUGUUGUAACAUCUUUGUUCAUUAUGUAGAAAAUGUCACAGGAGAAAAACCUGUAAAAAAAAUGCAAAAGCUGAGAUAGUCCUUUUUUGGUGUAAUUUACAUGAGUAUGUAAAUGAGCAGGCUUAUUGUUAUUUCAAACAGUUUUGGAGAAAGAUAGCAGUAGAAUGCAUAGUGUCUAUAUUAGCCAUAACAUGAAUUGCCAGUUGCUCAAGAGGGAAAUUUAGCAGGUUCUAAUAACAUAGUGGUUUGUCUUAUUGGGUGUUGUGUGAAAUUCUUUAUCUUUUGUAUAUAACAUCCUGUUAUUGAAACUUAAUCUUUUAAACAUAGUAGAUCAAGUAGAUUAAGCUACCAAGGGACACAGCUCUAAUCCCAUAAUGUCACAAUCGCAAAAUUCUGUGAUAAAACAGAAAAUGUUAACAUAUAUAUGCAGUAUGUGUUCCUUGUUAGUACUGCAAGUCUUAUUCACUGGCAUUCAUAUCAGAGUUAUCUGCCCCUUCCUACACAGACAGUCAAGGGGCAGAUAACUUUGAUAUUAAUUAAGAGUUCUGUGAUCUUAUUCAUUGAACUGCUGAAAUGGAUCUUCUGUUGCACCAGUGUCCAAGGGCCGAAAAUGUAGCAUACACAUAACAGCAUAGAGAGUAGAACUACAUGAAGAGCAGUGAUGUCAGUUUACCUCAGUUACGGUUUAUCCCAACUGUUCACAGAAAUGAUUAAAUAGUGGCAAUGUAUGCAACCCCUAGCAUCAUGGCUUAAGUCAAGUUAAAAAAAAACCCACAAAAUAGAAACAGAGUAACAGUGUAAAUGCAAUUCAUUAAAUGUCACUGGUCUAGAAUAACUCAAAAUGCUGUGUUGUCAACACAUUUAAUAUACUAUCACAAAAAAAAAGCAAAAAAAAAAAAAAAACAGGUUGUCAGGGAACUCUCUAGUCUGCCAGCAGAGUCCUGGUUUAAUUGAAAAACUUACCCUUUCUUCCUGAAUUGUAGGCCAUCAUAAUUCUGGGGGAUUCAUGAACAUGUAGGGAGAGUUGAUUGUGUAUAGACUUGCAAUAUGUGCGAAAUAAUUUAAAUGUUGUGUUCAAUUUGCAAUGAAUGAA